GUUCAUGCAACAACCUCCGCCGUAUGCACCUCAGGGGGGCGCUCCGCCCCCUGCCGCUAUGGUCUCCAAAGUGGAGAUGACCAUAUCAUGUGAAGGAUUGAGAGAUGCUGAUGUUUUUUCCAAAUCAGACCCCAUUUGUGUUGUGUAUAACUUAGAGGGGAACAAAAGAAGGGAGAUUGGCCGUACAGAGAGAAUAGAUGACAACCUGAAUCCAAAGUUUCAAAAACAAGUCAUUGUUGAUUACCAUUUUGAGGAAGUACAGAAACUUGCAUUUCACGUUUUUGACAUAGACGAUAACAAUAAUGAUGUCAGCAAAGCAGAUUUUUUGGGAAAAUGUGAAUGUACUCUUGGCCAGAUUGUUAGCUCUUCGAAUUUCAAGCGACCUCUGGAUUACCUAGGUAGAAAUUUUGGAUCUAUUUCUAUUCAAGCCCAAGAACAGGGUGGUAUGCAGAAAUCAGUAGCAAUGACUCUUAAAGGUGUCAAACUUGACAAGAAAGAUUGGUUUGGCAGCAAGUUACUGAAGUCUAAGGGAAUAGGGCUGCUAGUUUUGAUGUCCUUAGCUUUGAGUGUCCUAUUGUCUUACUUUCCUGCCUCCCUGUAUUAUAUCCUACCUUUUUACUUAAUCGUUAUUAUGUUCCACCUCGCUCAGUUAGGAAAAUCAGACCCAUUCCUUGAGUUUCACAGACAGUUGUUAGAUGGUAGCUACGCACUGGCACACCGGACAGAGUUCAUAAAGAACACUCUGAACCCUAAUUGGAAACCAAUGAAGAUAAACACGAGGAGAUUGUGUAAUAACAAUCCAGACACUGUUAUCAGGGUGGAGUGUUUUGAUUGGAACAGUAAUGGUUCUCACGAUCUUAUCGGAGAGUUUUUCACAACACUUGCAGAAUUAGAACAGGCUAACGCUGGGAAAACAUUUCCCCUGGUUCACCCUAAGAAGAAGAGUAAGAGAGGUUACAGACACUCUGGUGAGAUAGUGGUAGAAACACUGACUGUCGCUAGAGAGUACAGCUUCCUUGAAUACAUCCAGGGAGGAUGCGAGCUAAACUUUGUGGUGGGUAUAGACUUUACUGGGAGUAACGGAGAUCCGAGAUCCUUCUCACUUCACUAUCUUGGGGGCACAACCCCCAACCAGUACACACAGGCUAUCACUGCUGUGGGAAACGUUAUCCAGGACUACGACAGUGAUCAGCUCUACCCAGCUUUUGGGUUCGGAGCUAGGCUUCCCCCUACAUGGCAGGUAUCACAUCAGUUCUCCUUGAACGGAAAUCCUUCAGAGCCUGACUGCCAUGGAAUCCAAGGAAUUCUGGGCGCAUACCAACAGUGUAUUAAUAGUGUUCAGUUGUAUGGUCCUACAAACGCCAGCCCUAUUGUUGGGAAUGUAGCCAAAAUGGCUCGGGAGGCACUCCACCAGCAGCAAGCUAAAGACUACUACAUCCUGUUGUUAAUAACAGAUGGAAUCCUUACUGACAUGGAUCAAACUAUUCACAUGAUUAUUGAGGCCAGUGAGUUACCGAUGAGUAUCAUUAUUGUGGGAGUUGGAAACGCUGACUUUUCUGAUAUGGAGCGACUUGAUGCUGACGAUGCCUUGUUAUCGAUCGGUAAUCGAAAAGCGAAGAGAGAUAUCGUUCAAUUUGUUCCCUUCAGAGAUUUCAAGAAUGUGCCAGCAUCCAAGCUAGCUGCUGAGGUUUUAGAAGAAGUACCCCAUCAGUUGGCUGGCUUUUACAAUGACUUGAAUUACGUUCCCUUGAACUUUAUCAAUGCUCCUUACGGCUAGCGAGAGUUGUGUGUGAUUAGCUGUUAAACGAAACUUUGGCUAUGUCUUAGGCUGUUUUUUGUGAAGAGGAUGUCGCCAAAAUGUUAUAUUGCUUGAACUCUAUCUAUACAUAGAAAAUGAAAUGAGGUUUAUUCAUAUUUUCGUUUACUGAUUGCCAAUUUUCAUGGACCUAACAACAAAAAGGGUUGAACCUCCAUUUUCUCAGGUCCCAUCCCACAAAUUAGCUUCAGCAGUAUUAGAGGAGCUUCCUGACCAACUUGCCGGCUAUUACAAUACCAACCGUUUACAUCCAAUCCAUGAAUAAACUUCGUAAAUUAUCAUUUUCCGUUUUGAACUGUGUAUAUUGGGAGUGCUCCUGUGUGUUGCUCGUCUCGCUGAAACUUAGAGCAGCUGUUAAUCGCUAUGCCAUGAAAUAUUUAAUUAGUUUCUGUUUUAUUUAAUGGCGAUUUGUUAGAUUUUUUAACGUAUACAAAAGAAGACAAAUAUUUAGGCACCCUUGCCUUGGGUUUUUAAUACUUAGCAUUUCUUGUGUGAUUUCAGUUAUCUUUUAUUGUUUAUAGAAUUCUUGAUUAAAAUUGGUAUUAUCACUGAAUUAUAUGCACAUAAUAAUAUAAUUGAUUUCCAAUUUACUAACCAAUUUGUAUAACCACGAAA